CUACCUCUUGGUUUGCGUUGGUUGCAAAUGUUUUGUUUUCCUGCUUUAAAAUGUCAAAUUCCGUAAAUAUAUCAGUGGAAACGACUUGCGAGAACCAGAUUCGUGAGAUUGGCUACGAUGGCACCGAGCUUUAUCAACCGCCUCCGACAUUAUCCGAAAGUUUGGCAAAAUGUGCGGCUCGCAUAGACUUCAGCAAGACAUCGCUGGACGACCUGAAGAAGGAGGAGAAGACGGCGGCGGCGGCCUCGGAAGACGACAAGGACGCCACUCAGUUCCAGGAGAGCCUGUGGCCGUGGGACGCGGUGCGGAACAAGCUUAAGGAUGCCCUCACAGAGAUCUGUGUCCUGUCCGAUGUGAUCUCCGUGGCCAAGGAUAAGCGUUACCUGGUUCUGGAUCCCCUGCUAGAGGAAGCUGACGACACCAAGCCAAUUGUCCAAGUCUACAGCCGCAAGAAGGCCAUCUCGCAGGCGGCCCAGGUCCUCUUGGGUGGAGCUGAACGGCUGCGGAAUGCCCACAGUGAACAACGAAGUCGGAAUGUCUCGGAUUUCCACAUAGAACUGCUGCGACUGCGGCAGAACUGGCGCCUAAAGAAGGUGUCAAAUGCGAUCAUAGGGGACCUAAGCUACCGCACUGCGGGCUCUAAGUUUGGCAUGAGCGGUACCUUUGAGGUGACCAAGGCGGAGGAGGCCGCGGAUGAAGACGCCCCCAGUUCGUCCAACAACAGCAGCAGCAGCACCUCCGGCAACAACGGGAUGCAACUGAAAGCCAGCUCCGCUUUGCGGGUGAUUGUCCCAGCGGAAUUACAGGGCGUGGCCUACAUUAAGGUGAUCACACAGAAGGACCAAGAGGACUUGUGCACCGCCCAGGUGAACCUGAUGGGCCAUGGACCCAAUAUAACCGCACAGACUGGUGUUUGGCAAAAGACCCUGGAGUUCGCCCAGAACGUACUCUUUUGCAAGGAGCUCUUUGCCCAGUUGGCUCGCGAGGCCAUCCAACUGCAGGCACCCAUACCACAUGUGGUCAUUGGUAAUCAGAUUCGUGCCACCCUGCUGCCCAACAUACAAUUGAUUAUCUCCCUGUGCCACUCUACCACCUUCGACUCCAGCCAGCCGGCGCCAAUCAACGAUCAUGACCAUGUUUUGGAGCACUCGCUGCAUCAGUUGUUGCGUGAGGUGCACUACAAGAACUCGCAUCACCCAUUUCCACAUCCGGCCAGUGCUCCGCUGGGACCCACAAAGAAACGCAUGUUGGCCGGUCCAAUGGCUGCGGAUCGAGAGACGCUGCUGGACAUGACCAAGUCGCAGACCAUACUGGAGCAGAUUAUCGCACAGGCGCAGCAUAUAUUUAUGCGCAAGCGGACGCAGUACGUCCUCGACACGCUGGCAAGGGAUGUGAAGGACCCGCAAAUUGUGUCGCACUGGAACGCCAUGAACAGUCCCACCAUGUCGUGUGUGAAGAUCAAUAUUGUGACGCACGGAUAUGACGCCAUCGGGCGCACCUCUCUGGUGAUCCAUGUUAAGGAGCGCUCUCUAAAGUGUAUUUGUAGAGAUGGACGCGUUAUGCGGCUGUCCUACGAACCGCAAGAAUUGCGCGACCUGAUCCUCUGCCAGAUCAACUCCCAUCAGAUAUCCUGCCUCAUCAGUUUGGCCCGCUGCAUGGCCUGGACGGUGCUCUCGAACAGCAAUCACUUGGGCAUCGGAAAAGUAGAGCCAUUGGGCAAUGCCAGCUCCUGCCUGCUGGCCUCUCCAAAUAGCGAUCGCAUGAUCGCCGUUCAAAUCCGCUGCGAUCCCCAGAUCGAUGUUAAGGUCUAUAUAGCGAGAAGCCCUAGGCAGGACUUCUUUCCCAGUCCCCUGGUACCGGAGAAACUGUGGGAGAAUCUGGGUGGCAAUUUUAAAGAGGUGAGAUUCGACAAAAUCGAGGGCAAGAGCUUCCUCAACAAAAUGGAAUUUCUAAUGGCUUCACUGACCAGCAACUCGUCAUGAACUCGCCCUAACCCCUCUCCAUUAGGUUAUAAAUCGAUUAAGAACUCUGUAUUAGGGAUUAUUUAAAGUAUAAAGAGUUUUAAUUAGUUCUA